GGCAGAAUACUUUCAGUUUAUCUUCAAUAAAAUCAACAAGUAGACUGACAACUGAACUUCAAAAGAACUGCAGUUAUUUUUAAGUUGUUUCUAAGUAUAAAGCACAACAAACAAAAUAACAUAUUUCUUUGGCUGGAAAGAGGAGGACAACAACCACAAUUGGAAAGUAUCUGUGAGCUACAACCAACAAGCACAAGUGUUCAGUUUGUGGAUCUACUUCGAUUGUUCACUAUUACGUAUUAACUAAAAACAAAAUCUACAUGCAACCAGAUUUCUUAUUGACAAUAUCAUUUUAAAACCGUAUUUCCAUAGAUACUUUGCAACCACUCCGAUAACUACUAACCAUUUCGACUUUAAUGCCAAACCUUUUCGCCAGGGGCGGAUUUAGGGAGGGGGCUCAUGGAUUAAAUCCCCUCGCCAACCAAAGAUUCCCCCUUUGAUCAGCCCCUGCUUUCCACCACACCCCGCAUGAAAUGAAUCAAGCUCCUGAGACGAUCUCUCAAAUAAGAAAUGAGGCAAUUCCCAUGAAUGGCAGAGAAGGGAUUAGUUCCAGUGACUCACUUGGUGAGAUCUAUGGCCGAAGCUACACAAUUCCUCUGGCGUCCGGCCCUGGUGACUAUUCACGGCGAAACAGUGCCGAUGAAACAUGGACGAAACCACGAAUAUCUUCACCUAGUUCCGCCGGCUACUCUACCACAACAAUGAGCAGCACCUCUAGUGUGUGCAGUAGCACUGAUAAAGAGGUGUACAGUAGUGUCAAGAGAGUUCUUUCAAGGAGGGAGACUUCUUUCUUCAGGUCGGACGCAACACCAGUGAUAAUGAGAGACAAGGACCAAGUGCAUGUGGAAUUGAGAGGAGUGAGUCUAUCCACUUCUUCCGAUUGUGCACACCAUAGCAGAGAGAGGAAGAGUGCAAUGGAAGCAGACAAAAAAGAAACUGAUAGCCAUGAAAGCAUCAGCGACCAUUACUACAGCAUUUCAGGAAUAGUAGGGACCAAUUCGAGUGAGCAGAAUGAGUUAAGGAGUGGCGAUCGGGUGUUUGGUAUCUGUGCGGAGAGCGAGUUGUUCUCAGACUACGCAGUCACUCGCUCAUGCAAUUUAUGUCUCUUACCCUCCAAUAUGUCCUUCUCAGAGGGGGCCAUAGUUGGCGUGGACUAUUUGGUAGCCUGGUGGGCACUGCAUGAAAAACUACAGGUUCCAGAGGGUGGAAGGUUGAUGGUGAAGAAUGCACAUAAGAAUAUUGGACUGGCAGUGAGUCAACUAGCCACACUUCACCACAUACACGUAAUGGCCACAAUAGACAACAGCAGUCAAUCAUGUCUUGACUUCAUUCAACACACAGUCGGCAUCAAAGAUACCAAGUCCGCUACACCGAUGCACAAUCACAUACACGGCCUAACUGCCUUGAACAGCCCAAAGCAUAAGCAUGAAUUAAUGACAGAGCAACAUGAACGCCAUGAUAACAGAGGUCCAAAAAAAGAUCAUACAGCAGCAAAUACCAGAACACUUGGACAUAAUACUACAAGCACUACGCAUGUGUUUCAACUCCAAACUCCUCUUAGCAUGGAAAGCAGGAGUAGCAGAGGUAGUAUUAAUAGUAGUUGGAGUAACAGUAAAGAUAAUGGUGUUAGUGCGGCCAACUACUCAUCUAAUCCCACUCUCCAUCAUGUCCAUCAGCCACCACAUGGAAUUAGCAGCAGAAGCGAUGGUAAGAGUAAUGGAAGUUGUGGCGGAAUAAGCGAUAAGCAUGGAAUAAGCAACCUAAACAGCAACAAAAAUAGAAACACUCGUUCAGACAGAGACGAAUGUGACCUCCUACUCACAAAUAAGGAAAAUGGAACUGCAAAUAGAAGUAGGCAGAUAAUCAAUCAGGAAAAAAAGGAAAAAGGUCAACACAACACUCACUACAGCGCCUCUACAUGUAUUUCCACGGAGACUAAGUUCAACUCAAAUCAUCCCACACGCCCCUUCAGUAACAGUAAUGACGUCACAGCUACUACCACCGCUGCACCAUCAAUUUUAAAAGUAAAAACCCGAGGUCGCAUAUGUCCCAAUCUCACCCUGGAGGGAUACAACAACCAUAAAGAGGGUAACCCUAUUGUAUCUCAAUCACCAUCACACUAUUCUACUAGGAGUAUUAGCAGUAGUUCUAAUAAUGGUAAAUGGAGAAAUAUUCAAUACCAGAUCGAUAACUCUAUCUACAGUGAUCAAACAAACGGCAGUCAUAAAUCCAAUCACAGAUCCACCUCCUCGUCCUCCCCCCGAGCGACGGCGGAUCUGUCUCUGUCAUGCAUGGGAAAGGGAGGCCGCAUUCUCCUGACCAGAACAUCGAACUGUGCCUUCCUAAUCAACAGUCUUUUAUUGUGUGCGAAAGACCUGCAAGCAAUGGGGGUGUCCAUAGCUAACAUACCACCACCUAGACGUCGGAAUAUUCUCAACACAAUUGCUAGCUAUUUCUCACAAGGGUUACUGCAAGCACACGUGACCAAGACCUAUCCAAUCGAACUGCUCAGUAGAGAUGACGGCUUGCAAAACUCAAAGUUGAAGAAAGCGUCAUUUGGUAAUGCCGUUAUUUUGUACAACUCAGCAUCCGAACUCCUAUAGCUGUCUAAUUGCAUUUUACGAAAAUUUAAUUCACUAGCAAAAAUUUGACCACAAGUAUCAUAAUUCAAACUUGAUGUCUUUCAAAAACUGUUAUAUCGCUUUCAAUAACAAUAUUAAACUGGUAAUUAUACCAAAGAGUUUAGGAAGCUUACAUCUUGUCAACAAUUGUGUUGAGCUAUAUAUAGUGAGUAGAUAUUUGCAUCACUUGCCGUGGUCGAUGAGAUGCGUUUCUUUAGAAAACAAAUUCAAACACAUAGGCGAGCCUCACUUUUGAUACAACGCAAUCACAGCAUUGUAAACAAUGAGACGAAAUAACAAAAUCGAAAAAUAUAUAUAUUUCGGUGAAUGGAAAAAAAAUCAGAAAAAUAGUCAAGAAACACUACAAACAGCAUUA